AUGGAUUACAACACCAGGAAAAGUCUCUGCACCUUCAUGGAUGAAGAAAGAAAGGCCAAGCAAUCCCCUCCCCGUCUCUCCUUUAAAUCCUUUAAGCAGAUAUCUGAUCGAGAUCUCAAUUAUAGCCAUUCAAGAUCUUCAUCAACUGCUGCAGGUAUGUAUUCAUUAAUGCCACCUCCUAGUCCAGACUCGCCCUGGACACUCUCACCCCUUCAAACACCAUCGCCAUCUGUCCUCUACCAUUGCAUCGCCUCGCUCCAUCGCCAUGAAGGAAUCAUCUAUUCCAUUGCCGUUUCGCGAGGGACAGUCUAUACUGGCUCCGAGAGUAGCCGGAUUCGUGCAUGGCGACAGCCGGACUGCACUGAAAGAGGGUACAUCAAAGCCAAUUGUGGCGAAGUCCGUGCAAUAUUAGCUUAUGGAAACAUGCUUUUUACAUCACAUAAAGAUUGCAAAAUCCGCAUGUGGAAUGUAACAGCUUCUGAGAAUUUCAGGGCUAAAAAAAUAACUACAAUGCCAAGGAAUAGCUCGAUUUUCUUGUUUAAUUGGUCGAGUGGACAGCAACAUAGAGAUUGCGUUUCUUGCAUGGGAUAUUAUCAUGCAGAAGGACUUUUGUAUACUGGAUCAUGGGAUAAAACAGUGAAGGCAUGGAGGGUUUCCGACGGUAAAUGUGUGGAUUCAUUUCUUGCUCAUGAAGAUAGUGUAAACGCAAUUGUUAUCAAUCAAGAAGAUGGAUGUGUAUUCACUUGUUCAUCAGAUGGUUCUGUGAAGAUAUGGAGGAGGGUUUAUGACCAAAGCUCUCAUACUCUCACCAUGACAUUGAAAUUCCAACCAUCCCCGGUCAAUGCUCUAGCCUUGAGCACCUCACAUAGCUCUUGCUUCCUGUAUUCAGGAUCAUCAGAUGGAUUUAUCAACUUCUGGGAGAAGGAGAAAAUGUCUAGUCGAUUUAAUCAUGGGGGGUUUCUUCAAGGACAUAGGUUUGCUGUUCUUUCUUUGGUUGCUAUUGAGAAACUAAUAUUCAGUGGAUCAGAGGACACAACCAUCAGGAUUUGGAGAAGGGAGGAAGGGAGUUAUUAUCAUGAGUGUCUUGCUGUCUUGGAUGCUCAUAGGGGGCCAGUCAGAUGCCUGGCUGCUUGUUUGGAGGUUGACAAAUUAAUGGUGAUGGGAUUUUUGGUUUAUAGUGCUGGCUUGGACCAAACUUUCAAGUUGUGGAGAGUGAAGGUUUUGCCUGAUGAAAAGAAUGUAUGCAUGGAAGGUACAGGUAGAAGUGAUAAGAUGAGGAUUACAGAGUAUGAGAUGAGUCCUGUUCUGUCUCCUUCAUGGGUUGAAAAAAAGAGGCAAGGUAAUCCAACAUGA